UCACCGCUUAUUUAGCCGGUCGCGGUAUAUAAGUCAAGAACAAAUAUCUGGUUUUGUUGGUUUUUGGAGAACAGUAUAUAGUAUGUCAGGAGAUAACAAGUGCGUGAAGAUUGGUACACACAAUGGUCACUUUCACUGUGACGAGGUACUAGCAUGCUUCAUGCUGAAGCAACUUCCGCAGUAUAAAAAUGCUGAAAUUGUCAGAACCCGGGACCAGACAGUACUAGAUACAUGUGAUAUAGUUGUUGAUGUGGGAGGUGUUUUCAAUCCAGAGAAACACAGAUAUGACCAUCAUCAAAGGAGUUUCACUGACACUAUGUCAAGCCUUUGUCCAGGGAAGAAGUGGGUGACAAAACUGAGUAGUGCUGGACUAGUGUACUUACACUUCGGACGCAAUGUUAUAUCACAGAUACUGGAAGUGAAAGUCGAUGACCCAAUCACAGAGGUUGUGUUUGAUCAGGUGUAUGAGAACUUUAUAGAGGAAGUAGAUGGAAUUGAUAAUGGUGUGAACCAGUAUGAUGGAACUCCCAGGUACAAAAUUACUACCAACCUGAGCUCUCAAGUUUCAAACUUGAAUCCCUCUUGGAAUGAGACAGGCAUUGAUGAACAGGCACAGUUCAUGAAAGCAAUGGAAGUGGUUGGGCGUGUAUUUCUUGACAGAGUCCUGUACUGUAAGAAUUCUUGGCUCCCGGCUAGAGAAGUUGUGGAUGAGGCUUUGAGAAGCAGAUUAAAGGUUGACCCCAGUGGAGAAGUUAUUUGUCUGGCCAAAGGUGGUUGCCCAUGGAAGGAUCAUCUGUUUACUCUGGAAAAUGAACAGGAAGUCUCCCCAUCCAUUAAAUAUGUGUUAUAUACAGACACCUCUGGCAAAUGGAGAAUACAGUGUGUGCCCAAAAUACUUGGAAGCUUUGAAAAUAGACUUUCACUACCUGCAGAAUGGCAAGGUAUAAGAGACAAGGAGCUGUCAGACAAGUCGGGGAUACCAGGAUGUAUAUUUGUACACGCUAAUGGUUUCAUUGGAGGAAAUGAAACUUAUGAGGGAGUUAUUGCUAUGGCUAAAUAUAGUCUUAAACAACAAACUUGAAACUCAGGACAAUUUAGUUAAGAAGUUAUUUGAUAACAAUGCAUGGUAUACAGUUUUGCCAAAAGGUAACAAAAGGGGAUAUCAAAAGAUGCUUAAUUGACAAUUUUUCUCAUAAGUUGAUCUCACAUCAUGACAUUUUUCAGUGUGACAG